CCUUUUUCUUUUGUCUUUCGAAGUCGCAGCGGCCUAGCUGACCCGGGACCACGGAUGGAGGCAGAGUCGCGGAUUGAUUACGUUACACCCACAGGUUGAUACGCCGAAUCAGUUUCUAACGAGAAUUAAGAAAAAACCAAAAACGAUUGGUUCUAAGAAAAGGAAGGAGCCACGAGACCCUCCAACUGCCCGGAAAAGCAAGUUGUGUCUGGCAAAGUCCUUGAUCCAAGCGGCCCUUGACGGAAACCCAACGGUCCUUUCCCUCACGGCGCCACGACACUACGCGUGCGCAAGCAUCUGUCAGACGCGCCGACGGAGGCCGAGAAGAAAAACGCGGGAGCCACCAAUCCCGGUUGGAGCAAAAUGGCGCGAGAGAACGAGAUGCAGGAGUUCACUCGUAUCUUCUUUGGAGGCCGCCCGGACCUUAGCACGCUCACGCACUCCAUCGUGAGGCAGAGGUUCUUAGUUCACACCGGCCGCGACCGCCUGGAUCCCGAGGAGAAGCAGGCACUGAAGCGGCUAGUGGAGGAGGAACUGUUAAAGAUGCAGGUGGAUGAAGCGGAUGCCAGAAAAGAAGGGCUAGAUCUUGCCAAAGAGGCAAAGAGGCCUCCAACCCCCUGCAGUGACCCAGAGAGAAAAAGGUUUCGUUUGAAUUCAGAGUCAGAGUUCAGCGGUGCAACCUCCAGUCCAGACUGCUUCAGCCCCUCAGCAAAGAAUGGGAUGGCAGCAGUAGUCAGUCCAAAGCAAGCCUCAAAAACAGCUGAGAGCAGCGAUGGGGAAGAACAGCAGAGGGACCUAACUGUAAAGAUUGGAUUAGAGAAGGAGAUGAAGGAGAGCUCUGAGGAGGAAGAGAGCUCUGCUAGAACAAGUAAGGUUAGGAAAGAGGAGAGCAGUGAGGAAGAGAAUGAUGGGGAAAAAGAGUCCAGAGGUAGGACUAGGGAGAAACCUGUGACAAGAGACAGGACCCAGUGGAAGGGUGGCAAAAGGCAAAGUGAAAGCAGUGAGGAGGAUGGAAAAGACAGAUGGAGGAAGCUGAAACCAGCUACUAAAGGCACUGGAACGUCAGCCAAAGUGGAAAAUGGAAAGACAGCCAAUGGUGAGGCAAGUGAUUCGGAGAGGGAGAAUAAUGACACUGAGGCAGAGGGGAUCCCCAAGGGAGAGAGAAACUGCUCUUAUAGGAAGAGCUCCAAGAAAAGCAGGAUGCAAGGUUCUUCCUCUUCUUCAAAUGGCAGUCCGGAUCCCAAAGGUGGGAAGGUGAGGGUGAAGGUGGGGUGGAAGACUAUAAUUAAGAACAAGCAGGCACCAGGCAAGAUUUCAGCCAAUAGGAAGCAGGCCAUGGAGGAGAAUGAGGACAGUGAGGAGGAACCUGCCCAGGGGACAGGAAAAAAAGGUGCUAAAAGCCACCAGGAAAAAGAAAAGGAGUGUGAGGGAGAGGAAACCCUAGCCAAGAAAGAGAUCAGAGAGGAAGAGGAGGACUGGAAACCUAGAGCUUCGAGCAAUGGGAAAAAGUCAGCUUGGGAGGAGAGGAGUGGUAAGCAGAAAAGCAUGACAGCAAGAGUGCUAGGAAACUGGGAGGACAGAGAGGAAGAGAAGGAAAAAGCAGCAGUAGACAGUGGGGAUAACAGUUCGGGAGAUGAAGAGCCCCUGGUCGGGAGGAAGAACAAGGACAGGACUCAGUGGAAGGGUGGCAAAAGGCAGAGCGAAAGCAGUGAGGAGGAUGGGGAAGACAUACGGAGGAAAUUGAAACUCGCUGCUAGAAGUACUGGAAAGUCAGCCAAAGUAGAAAUUGGAAAGACAGCCAAUAGUGAGGCAAGUGACUCGGAGAAGGAGGUGAGUGACAGUGAGGCAGCGGGGACUCCCACGGGGGAGAGGAAGAACCGCUGUUACAGGAAGAGCUCCAAGAAAUGCAGAACACGAAGCUCUUCCUCCUCUUCUUCCAAUGGCAGUCCAGAACCCAAAGGCAGAAAGGCUGGUCAUCGUGGUGAGGACCACCCUUCUGUGAUGAGGCUAAAGCGCUACAUUCGGGCCUGUGGAGCCCAUCGCAACUACAAGAAACUCCUGGGGUCCUGCCGCUCACGCAAGGAGCGCCUGUGUAUCCUCCGGGCAGAGCUAGAAGCUCUGGGCAUGAAGGGUAACCCUUCUUUAGAGAAGUGUCGGGCUCUGAAGGAGCAGCGUGAGGAGGCAGCUGAGGUGGCCUCCUUGGACAUUACUAACAUUAUCAGCUGUUCAGGUCGGCCACGCAGACGCACAGCCUGGAACCCUUCAGAGGCAGCCACCCCUCAGCAGCUAUACCGCCGGACCCUGGACUCAGAUGAAGAGAGGCACCGUCUUUCACGCCCAGACUGGUCACAUAUGCGUGGCAUCAUCAGCAGUGAUGGCGAGAGUAACUGAGCUCCUUCAUCUACCAGAACGGACUUAGACAGUUGUAGAAAGCACACAAAUAUAACACUCCCCCGCCCCCUGCCUCUGGCCAAUCAAUCCGCUCAACUGUGUGCCCACACUGAGCAGAAGCACUUUCUUCCAAGAUUUGCAACUCCUAGGGACAGAGUUGUUCGGAUCCUACUUCUCAGCUUCACGUUGUCAGUUUAAAGUGCAGUUUAUUUUUUAAGACUCAAUAAAGGCAUGUUUGAAUUACCUCAUCAAAACUAAUCCCUACUCUCACCCCUCUGUACUCUGGGCCACGAAGCUGAGAAGUGGCCAUUGUCCUCGUGCCUACCCCUAGUCUGGUUCCCUUUAACAUCCCUCAGGUUCUUCAAAGAAGUCCCAGCUUUUAGAUCCUGCCAUCCAGUCUGCCUUCAGGCUCUGCCAGAGGAGUGUGGCUACUAUCCUCCAUCCUCCAUCCUGACCAGCAUGCUUCUGAUCCUCCUGCCUAGUUGGAAGGAGCAUCUGAAAAAACUGGCCUUAAGAAUGU